AUAAUUACAUAUUUAAAAUUAAAAAAUAAUAGUUAAUUUGUACCUAGGUGCGCCACCCCACGUUUAUAUGGUCAUGGUCUUCUCGUUGCUAUCUUUACCUCACUGCUCACUAUAUAUAAAUAUGCAUACAAACUACUACUUAUACAUCUAAUCCCCAAGCCUAAUCUUAACCCCUCAUCUUCUCUAUCGCUCUUGCCAAAAUCUGCAACUCCGCUCUCAUCUUUCUGCUCAUCUUGAUAGAAGAAAUGAGCGCUCAAUUAAGAAAUUAUGAUUGUGCAACUUACAAGAAUGAAGAUAUCGACCUAAGGAAAGGUCCAUGGACUGUGGAGGAGGAUGCCUUACUUACCGAGUACGUUUCCAUCCACGGUGAAGGACGCUGGAACGCUGCUGCUCGCUGCGCAGGAUUGAAACGGACUGGCAAAAGCUGUAGAUUAAGAUGGUUAAACUACUUGCGGCCAGAUGUUCGACGUGGGAACAUAACUCUCCAAGAACAGCUCUUGAUUCUGGAACUCCAUUCUCGUUGGGGCAAUAGGUGGUCGAAAAUAGCACAGUACUUGCCUGGCAGAACAGACAAUGAGAUCAAGAACUACUGGAGAACCAGAGUCCAAAAGCAGGCAAAGCAGCUCAAAUGCGAUGUUAAUAGCAAAAAAUUCAGAGAGGCCAUGCGCUAUAUUUGGAUCCCUCGGUUAGUCGAGAGAAUUCAGGCAACAUCUGGGUCUCCGACGGAUCAUUCCACCACAUACACCAGUUGCAACAGUCACCUCGAUAUCCCUGCAAAUAGUGAAUCCGUGCAAAUAACCGACCCCAUGAAGGAGUGGAUAAUGCCAGAACCAUCAGGGACCUCGUCGGAGUCAUUGGACACCCAGGUUUCUCCAGUGUCAGACGUGACAGAAUAUCAAAAUGGAUCGGGUUUAUACCCUGAAGAAGAAUCUGGUAGGUGGGUGGAAACAGAGAUGGGGAUGCAGAACAAUAGUAUACUAGGUGAAGAGUCAUUGGACAGUUUAUGGAAUCAGGAGAAUAUUUGGUUUCUACAGCAGCAGCUAAUGUGAUAUUUUAAGAUUAUGGUAAAUGAAUUAGUUUACGUGACGCAUCAAGUAUUUGAACAUUGUGCGAUUCCGUGCUCGUUCUAAAAGCAGCAAAUUACAGCCGCUAACAAUGUACACUUUAAUUGAAAAAAAAAAAAAACCAUAUACAGAGAUGGACGUAACA